AGUCAGCCGUCGUGCGCUGCGAUCGCGCUCGACUGAGCUCUCCUAGUCAUUCUCGAGCCAUGUGAAUGUUUUCAUCACAGAAGAGACCGUUCAACUUUUGUUUCCACCGUUUGGAACAAUGAAUAAUUCCCUGGAUUAUUAGACUUUUUCUGAGUGUCUGCUCCUAGACCUCGAAAGACAGCUUUCGCCGGGUGUUAAGUUUUUCUCAAGCUUGUGGCCGUUGACACUGCAGCGUGCGGGUCCCGCAGUGCGCGAGUGUGUGGUUGAUUGGCAAACGAAAAGACGUCAGCUGAGGCGCGUAAACAUUAUAGAGUUUUAAUCGACGAGACGAUGGCUUCAGUUCCAGCGUAAGUCCCGAGAUUUAAAGAAUUGAAAUCAUGUGGGGACUAUUACUACUAUUUAUCACAGGUUCCGUGUUAGCGGUGGAAGUCCAUUUUGAGAAUAAAGACAGUGGUUUUUUUCUGAAACAUACAGCGAGAUGGAAUGGGGCUGGACCUCCACCGGAGCCCAUGGGUACCGCUCUACCUGGUGCUCUUCUUUCUCUCGACCGCUUCACGGUUCUGCAAGGAUCAGCUCCAGCGUCAGUAAGAGCGACUUACGGGCCUUUUUCAACCAAGCAAACGGUUCCGGCUCGAUAUGCCGUACCUGAUCCAUUAGAACCACCUCGAAGGAACGCAACAUUACUUGAGUUACAAGACGCGACUGCUCAUAGGCUUGACGUAUCCGCCCACCUUGUAUUCAGAGAAUUACCCCGGGAUGCUCCUGUCCUACGGGUUUUAUUCCACACUGGUGGCGAAGGAGGUGCACGCAGAGCUGCGUCACGUCUGCGAAGAGUGUGCAUAACUCUACACGCAAGCUUAGGAUCUAAAGUAUUAACCGCAACCUGUGGUCCAGAAGGAGAAGAAGGUGCAUGCCUUGCUGAAUUGACUGUGCCAGCCGCUUGGUGGCCCGCCGACGGCAAGGGAAAAAGACCUCCACGAGCGCUUAAAUUAGCUUAUAGUGCAGCAGAAGCUAACAGUGGUGAAACUGGAGAAGGAGUAUGUGGAAAAGUGUCAGUUCAACCCGCUUGGCCCUUGGGAACUGUGACGCUAGCCGGUGCACGUGCUGGGUACAGGGAAGCUCGAGCAGGCGACACAGCACUCCUUUUGCCACGCGCACCGUUAUAUCCUCAUUUUCGUUUGCACAUUCCAUUUGUGGUACGUCGAGAUGCCAGUCAUUCUAUCGGACAUGUAGUAAUUAGGAUGAAAGUGAAAUCUGGUUUGAGGUUGGUAAGUGUGACUGCGGCCAACUCUCACUGGGCUGUAACGGCGGAGGUGAAGCCUAGAAGCGCUACUGUGACUGCUACGAGACUUGAUCAACCGCUUCGAGAUGAUAGUGGACUAGAACUGGAUGAAGAAGACACCAGUGGUGCAGGUGGCCCAGGGUGGGAAGAGGUCCUGACAUGGUUGGUGGAAGUCGGAGCUGAAGGGGAAGGUGACGCUGAGGGUUCGGAGGGUGAAUCAGGUCGCGGCACCGCACGCAUUAGCUGGUCAGCCAAGGUGUCGUCCUCACCGAGUGGUACUUCCACCACAGAAGAGACCCCCCAUGAACAUCGAAUGAAUACUCGACUGGAUAUUGAAAAGGACGAUAUUCAAGCUGUAUUGCCUAUUUCUAAGAAUUGGGAGGUAUUAAACACAGCAGUGCUCACCGGGCGCCAGGUGUCUCAAGCAAUGAAGGUGCUAAUAGUGUCGCAGGCGGGCCAGGUCGCUGACGUCACGUUACAGAGCUCUUGCCAUUCGGAGGACGAGAGCGUUCUCAAAGUGUCGUCAUCGUGCAGUUCUGUCUAUGUGGAUGGAUCCGAAAUUCGAGGUUCUUCAAACGCUUCAGUGAUUGUGAAAUAUGGGACAUAUACCGGCCUGGCAAGAUUCACAGUAUGGAUGCCGGAGUAUCCGCUCGAAAUCGACGUGGAUGAUAAUAGACUAUCACAAAUAAAAGGUUGGAAAGUUUUAGAUGAAACGAACGCUAAAGACAGAUUAAAAAGGUCUCUCUCGUCGAGGGGGUGGGGAGCAACUAGACCCGAUGGCCCUAAUACCUUGACGGAUCAGCGAUCUUGCCGACUCAGAUACCAACAAAGCAACGUCGAGGUAUAUGCGCGUUUCCUGGCCAAGGACCACGACUCCGGCCGCGUGUCUUACUUCGUGUCCCGACGCACGUGGCUCAAAGUGACGGAACUAGUGCUAUCUCUGAUGCGGGUGUCUGAUCCUCGUAUUGCGUCGCUAAGGAACCGUGUUCUGCAAGGACGGAGUACUGGCCGCACUGAAGUUCAAGUGCUGUCGCCGAUUACUGGACGUGUGAUUGGUUUACGCGAAGUCCGUGUGGUCAACGACAAAGUGUCGAUUACCCGACUUUUAGUACGAGUGAUAUCUGGUUUACAACUAAACAUUUCUCCUGAUACGGCUAUUGAAAACGGAUACGUGUCUGAAACUACUGUUACGAGACGAUUGACAGCCCAAUACCAGGAAGGGCUUCUAGAUAUAGACAUCGAGUUCUCAGACGGAACGCACACGGCUCUCCGAGAUGUGGCCACGUCUGAUUACCACUUGCUCGUGGAAAGUCUGGAUAUCGAAGUUGUAGCUUUUGCGCCCAUGCUUGCUUCGGUCCAUCCUAGAGUUAUCGCUGUUGGUGAAGGUAGCGGAGAACUAUUACGCGUAACUUUACUCACGCCCGACCAGUGUCGCUCCGGGCCGAUACGUCGAGUAGCUCUCCCCGGUAAAGGCGACGCUAAAACACCAGCAAAUAUAAAGAACAUUCCUGGAGCUCUGGCCACAGCAGCCGCUAGUGUGGAUGUAGACUUCAGUGGAACAGAUGCACCACAGAGGCCGGAUACACCGCAGAACGAUGACAUAAUGGCUCGGGGUGGCAUCAGAACUGGGAUGAACGAUUUAACGGAUUUGCUUAAAGAUAUUUCACGUAUUAAAGAUGAAAACAACCACAAUCCCACAGUACAAGCGCAGCAAUACGGAUCCAUUCACCGACCGAACGCUGCGCACCACCCGCGGCAUAUUGCGCAGAAAAAUGAGUCGCAAGUACAAAUCGGAAUGACUAUCUUACUUGGAGCAUUUUGUCUGGCGAUCAUGGUGUUUGUGGUAUCCUGUGUUGUAUAUGCAUACAAAUUGAAAAGAGUGAACAGUCCAGGAGGAGGGGUUUGUCGAAACAGUCCCGGUGCGACUGAAAGUGGUCGCUUACAAGUUACCAAUUUAGUUGGAACUACACUUGGCCUUGCUAAAGAGAAGCCAUUGAGGGAAUCGACCACUAAUGCUCAUGACUGGGUGUGGCUUGGAAGGGCAACAAUCGAAAAGAAUGGAAACCGGCACCCAACCAACAGAAAUUCGAUGCAACCCAGCGAUAAGGGGAAUAACAACCAAGAAAUGCGUAUAACCUCCAACCCCUUGAACUACAACUACGUCGACCCAGACGAUGCAAUCCGUGACAAUGGAAACGUUAUGGUCACCAGCUUCGAUAACCCCAACUCCAUUGAACUACCGUCGCAGAAUGAGAAACGUGACAGGAUCAUAGAUUCGACGACAUAUUGCAAGAAACCCUCGAGGCACGCGCGGCAAAACUCCGGAGACGGUCAUUGGCAGGAUCCUAACAUCCAAGAAGAGUAUCGACCCCCAGUGCCACCGCACAGAAACUCUUCAACACCUCAGCCUCAAGUACCGGUGCCACCACGGAAUUCCAAUAAAAUUUUGCCAGAGUCCGUCAUGCCACCUUCCAGACGAAGCCACUCCAGGAAUCAUCAUAAGAAACACGAUCGCGAGCACGAACCUACCAAGAGAUCUCCGGAAAAUCAACGCCACCCAGACCGAAUUAUUGAUCUGAAUAAAGCCGAAUCCCCAUACAUACCGAGCCGAGAAAUUAAAGAUCAAUACAAACGCGACUCCUACCCUCUUCGACUCCGCAACGACUUUGACGAUGAUCCAAUGGAAAAGCUUACGAAUAAGGACGAUUGCGCCAGAUUAUUUGAGUUUGAUAACGACGCUCCUCUCAUUAUGGAAAAUAAGGACUACCGAGAAAUUGUUGGCCUCAACAGAGGAACUGAUGACUCACGACGCACCUUCACUAAACCGGAAAGCCCUGACUACAUGCACGACUCUGGAAUCGGUCUACCUGACUUGCAAAUGAGACAUAAGAGUAAAUCGAAGGAUGCUAAUGGUAAAGGAGAUUUCGUGGAAUUGUCCAAUCAGAAUAAAGGAACCCCGUCUCCCGAAGUGAAGCGCGCCACGAUAGUGGGAAACCCAAUGUACUCGCGCGGGGCGGCGGGCGCGGGCGCGGGGAGCGCGGGGGGCGAGCCGCCGGCCGAGCCGCUCGGCCUCGACGACCUGCACAUGGACUACGAUCAAAUCAUGCAUUAUUUCCAUAACCUGAAGGAAUCGAACGCCUGAGUAGAGCAGAUCAUUGCAAAGAUCCGGCAGAUAUUGUCUACGUUUAAUUAUCAGCAUAUCAUCAAAGCUGCUCCAAUCGACGUAUACAAUGCACCCAUUGGCGCGAGCGGGGUGGCCGGGCUCGAGGAUAGUACUAUUGACACACUCAACAACAACCAGCAACCUAGCGACGAUGCACACAUAUAUGAGAACGUUAAAGUUUCUAGUGUCGCACCCACGCAGAUGCUUUGUGACUCGAUAGCACACAAAAAUACCUUUAUGAAACGCCAGCUUAAGUUUCUCCUGGAACACUUAAGCGAGGCGUACGAAUAAAGUUGUUGGUCAAUAUAUUAUCCUCUGUACAAUAUGUGUCCAAAUGUGGAUCCUUGCAGUGAUCGAAAACGAUAUAAACUAUGUAAUUGUUUUAUACGUAUACCUAUAACGUUUAACGUAUUUACUCUAGUCAUCAACAAAGUUGCACAUGUUUAUGUAUUUAAUGAUGUAUCUGUGUGCAUGUAGUUAAUACUCAAAUAUAUUAUAAUCUAUGAUAUAAUGUUGUAGAUAGAUCGCGUUGUUUGUCUGUUUAACGAUAUUACUUCUUUUGGUUUUGGUGACUCGUUAAUAAAAUAUGAUAUAAUAUACGAGCUUUUAGCGGUUGGAGCUAUAAUUAUUAUCCAAAUACCAAAAUAAAAAAAACGUUGCAUUUUUCUCUGAAUAGUAUGUACAUAUUUUCCAUUAUAGAUGAUGUGAAAACGCUACCUCACUUAUGUCUUAACUUAUAGCUUAGCAAUUACAUAGAUCCAUGAGCAAAGCAAAAUGUAUUUAUAUAACAACUAUUUAAUAUGCCUAUUUAAUUAUUUACGUAUUAGAUUUUACAUAAUUUAUUCCACUUCUUUUUCCCUUAACAAAGACAUGUAAUAGGCUUUAAGACUGCAAUUUGCCAGUGUUUAGAAAUAUUAAUUAAUUUAGGAACUAUUUAUAAGACAAACCUAGUCAAAUAUAAUAUGUUUAAAUAAGGGCUAAUUUUUAUUUGCUCAAAUGUAUACCGUUUUCAAUUAUACAAUAUUAUGUAAACUAAAACUUUACGUUCCUAUUGUUUUACCACUUCAUUUAUUGAUGUUGAACAAAAUAAAAUUUGGCCUAAAAUAUCUUACGUAUAUAAAACCUAAUAACUUGAAUAUUACUGUACAACGUUCUAUACACACGUGGCUUUAUACUCAAUCAAUAUUGUAUAACUUUGUGAUAAUAUGGCUGCUCUCGUUGAUUUUUGGCGGCCGACUUUAAAUUAAAAAGCCAUAUCAUAUUAUGAAAUCUAGUUGCUUGUAUCAUAUAUUAUAAUGUAUCUUAUUAAUUUAUUAAAAUGUAAAUUGCAUUUACUUGUAAGUUAGUUUUAUAGGUUUUGUAAAUAUUGUUAUGAUGUUAUAUAAUUUAUAGGUAUGUGUGCGAAGAUACGAAGGAAAUAGAUGUAUAAAUGUGGUAGAGUUGCUUAAAUAUCGACAGAGUAGGCUGCACUGAAUUAUAUAAUAAAAGUUUCAUGUCUGUUAUAAUUGUACACGGAAUAGUAAAUGUAAUUGUGUAUCGAUGUGACCCUUCUAGAAGAUGUUUCUAGUGAAAUCUAUCUUUUGUGUUACUAUUUUUUUCUUCGUAAAGCAAACUGUUAUAACAAUCUAUUCAGCUUUAACUUUAAUCUGAUAAUAUUGAUAUUAUUCGUAACGUUUGGGCUUUUGUCGUUAGUUUAGGGACAAGUCACAGAACACAUACCUACAUUGUGCAGUAGAAUUUGUUACUAUAACAAUUGUUUUUGUUGGGUUUUUCCUUAUAUAAAGAAGUUUAUUAAUAAAUUAUUGCUACAGACUGAGGCUUGUCACGAGAAUCCCUUAAUGAAAUGUCAAAUAUAAUAAACAAUUAUGAAAAUA